AUUAUGGUGAUCAAGAUAUUAUUAUUAUACUCAUGCUGUUUUGGGUGGGAAUAAGAGAUGUUGUCAGUGUUAUUACACUGUUUACUGUUCAUUAACUAGUAAGUUGUAACAUUCUCAAAAGACUUAUCUACAACUCAAUUCAACGUGAGAUUGAUCUUGAUGGAACAGAUAAAGCGGAGCUUACCAGUACGGGGCAUUGUUAAGUGGACAGUCCACCAAAACACCAGAACAGUACAACAGUAUCUGUAUAUGUAGCAGGCUACAACGCUUACAAUUUCUAUUUCAAUCAAACUCUUGAUUCUUCAAAAGUACUUGAUCAUUUGAUCAAAAAGGUGUAUCUGAUCCAUUCGAUCCCCGUGGAAGCAAAAAAUUACACAAAUUUUAGUUAUCUGCCAUUCGAGAAGGUUGAGUUUUCAAAAGCCAAAACAAUUGUACAAACAAAGUGUCACUUGAGUCAAACACCAUUUGAUUCAGAUUAUCUCUUAUACAAUGUCUGAUACUAUAGACGCCGACCUAAACUCACAAGAACUAUCACUCAAAAGAGAUAAGGAAAUAGAGCGCAUCAUAAGUGCAUUCACUCUUGACCCAUAUCAAAUACUUGAAUUAGAUCAUGAAAAUGCUUCAACAUUGACUUCAAUUCAAAUCAAAAAACAAUAUCGUGCCAAAUCUUUAUUGAUACAUCCAGAUAAAACAACUAAUCCUGAUGCUCCAAAAGCCUUCAAUAUCUUGAAAAAAGCGGAAUCAAACUUACAAGAUCAAGAUUUCAAAUCACAUAUCGAUGAGAUAUAUGAUUCCACAGCUUCUUCAACUACAAAUGAUACCAAACAACGAUAUGAAUCUUUUAAAGAUAUACUAAUACAACAAGAAUUCACAAAAAGAAUGAAUCAACAAAAGGAAUUACAAAGACAAGGUGAAUUGAAUAGAAUGAAGGAAGAAAUAAUGGAAUUGAAUGAAUUGAAGAGAAAAUACAAAAAACAAUGGGAAGAUAAUCAAGAAAAUAGAGUAAAGAAUUGGAGAAGUUAUACGAACAAGGUGGUUAAAAAGGUUAAAAAGAAG